UUUCAGCCACGCUAUCUUUAGUUGUGACUCAACGUCAAAAUGUUGGUUCAAACCUUAACAGCUCUUGCUACCAUAGCCUGUGUGACUGCAGUACAGCCCGUGAAAUACGAUUCGCAAUGGUCAGCACGAAGACCAUGGUCGUCAUAUGAGGAUCCUAAUCAAAUGCAGAUACUCCCAUCACAAUUACAGCCAGCACAGAGACCAUGGUAUGAAGACCUUCUGCCACCUGCAUACCAGCCACAACAGGAUCCUAAUCAAAUGCAGAUACUCCCAUCACAAUUACAGCCAGCACGUAGACCAUAUUAUGAGGAACCCCUGUCACCUGUAUACCAGCCACAACAGGUGGUUCAUCAACCAUCGAGUUUAGCAACAUGUUUGAGGUUAUGUGUUGCUGCCGAUCAAGCAUUGUACAAAAACUUAAAUAACAAUCUUCCCAUCCAAGAGGAAUACUAAACCAAUUGUAGUUUGUAAAAACCACAACGACAGUACUGGUAUACGGAACUGAACCUUAUACACGAAUUGAAAUAAAAAAAAUUAACAGCU